AUGACGCACGAAUCCGCCUCGAGACGAGUACUCAUCUGCAUCGACGGUUCUUCAAUGGAAAUUACGAGUUUAGUCGACGUGACGUUGAAUCUAGUCGUCCAACCCGGUACCACGGUGUUCCUGGUCAGAGUGCAGACAGAAACGAGAGGCGAGAGAGCGCACUCCUACGACGACGUCCUCCUGCGCGCGGCGUCCAAAGUUUGCCGCGAGAAGAAAGUGGAAACGGUCGAAACUCUGAUCCAGACCGACAAUGACGCGAACGUUUCGAAACUGCUACUCGAAAAAGCGGAUGAAAUAUCCCCGUUCAUCGUCGUCGUUGGACGGAAUGAACUCCGAGCGAACUCCGUCGGGGUGAGCGCGACGCUUUUGAGAUCACGGCACUCCGUGCUCGCGUGUAACUUCGCCCCUCGGGUCGUGUUGAACAGUGAUUUGGCGAAGCGAGCGCUGCUGCGAGCCGAGAGCGCUUCCGAGUCGUGGCCGUGA